UCGUCAGAUGUGACUCGGACCCCAUAAUAUUUUUCUGGCAGUCGCCUUUUACGCACAGCCGCGGAGUGACUCUGCUGUCUGCCGUCUCCGCCUGAACCAGAGCCUUUUACGCACAGAUCCUCCUGCCGUGAACUCGCCCACUCCUCCAUACCUGUGCUCCUCCCUGACUGACUCUUCUUUAGCUGACAAAUAAGGAGGACAGGACAUGUCUGGGAUGUGGAGGGGACUCACCGGACUGUGCGCAUGUUGGUGUCUGCUGAUGCUGAUUCAUUUUCCACCUCAAACAGAUGCGGCCUACGCGUGCAGCUCCAUUCAGUUUAAGUGUGGAAAUGGGAGGUGCAUCACCCUGAAGUGGAUUUGUGAUGAAAAUGACGAUUGUGGUGAUGGAACUGAUGAACUGCCUGCAACCUGCGCAACCAAAACCUGUCUGCAGUCAGAGUACAACUGCGGCGCUCCCUUAAACCAGUGUAUACCAGAAGGCUGGCACUGUGACGGCAAAGCUGACUGUGACAACGGGGCUGACGAGACAAACUGCACGGCCAAACAAUGCAAGGCUGACGAGUUUCAAUGUGCCAAUGGCCAGUGUAUAUCCACCUCCUUCGUUUGCGAUAAGGACGACGACUGUUCAGACGGCUCAGAUGAGGCUUCCUGCCCCAAACCCACCUGCAGCUCUAGUUCCUUCCAAUGCAACAACUUGGUGUGUUUGCCGGCCCUGUGGCGCUGCGAUGGCGACAAGGACUGUGCUGACGGGUCUGACGAGUGGCCAGAGAACUGUGUGGGACGGCAGCCGAAGAAGACAGCGAUGCGCUGCGGCGUCCACGAGUUCCAGUGUGCAAAUGGGGACUGUAUUCACAGCAGCUGGAGGUGUGACGGAGGCGUGGACUGCCAGGAUCGAUCGGACGAGGUCAACUGCAGUCGUCCCACUUGUCGUCCGGAUGAGUUCCAGUGUAAUGACGGUGCUUGUAUCCAUGGCAGCCGCCAGUGUGACAGAAAGCCCGACUGCAGGGACCUCAGUGAUGAGAUGGGCUGCCACAGAGAUAAUGUAUGUGAAGGACCCGCCAGGUUCAAGUGUCGCAGCGGGGAGUGUAUCAGCAUGGACAAAGUGUGCAACAAACAGAGAGACUGCAGGGACUGGUCGGAUGAACCUCUCAAAGAGUGUGACAACAACGAGUGUUUGACGGGAAACGGCGGCUGCUCCCAUCACUGCAGCGAUCUGAAGGUUGGCUACAACUGCUCCUGCCCUGCUGGAUACAGCCUGAAGAUGGACAAGAAAACCUGUGAAGAUGUCGAUGAAUGUGCUGAACCGGACACUUGCAGUCAGAUCUGCAUCAACCUGCCUGGCAGCUACAAGUGUGAUUGUGAGGAGGGCUACAAAAUCGACCCUGUGAGCAAGACAUGCAAGGCUGAAUCAGGCACGGUGCCCACCCUCUACUUCACCAAUAAACAUGAGGUGAGGAAGAUGACGGUGGACCGCAGCGAGUACGUCCGUCUGAUCCCCCAGCUGAAGAACGUGGUGGCUCUGGACAUGGACAUGCCUAACAAGAUGAUCUUCUGGUCUGACCUGUUUCUGAAGAAAAUCUACAGCUCCAAGAUAGACAUGGCCGGUAACUCCUCUCACCACACUGUAGUAAUCGAGAGUGGGAUUGAGGCCCCAGAGGGCAUUGCGGUGGAUUGGAUCCAUGGCAACAUCUACUGGACUGACAGCGUUUUGAAGACCAUCACUGUGGCAACGACAGACGGCAGCAAGAGGAAGACCCUGAUCACAGAAAACCUGGAGAAGCCAAGAGCCAUCACAGUUGACCCUGUAAAAAACUUUAUGUACUGGACAGACUGGGGUGAGGAGGCCAAGAUAGAGAAGAGUGGGUUGAACGGAGCCGAUCGCGUUGCCUUGGUAACAGAUAACAUAAUGUGGCCCAAUGGCAUCACCCUAGACAUGGUCAACCAGCGUCUGUACUGGGUGGACUCCAAGAUGCACACUCUGUCUAGCAUUGAUGUGAACGGAGGGACACGACACAGUCUCAUUUUCAGCGAGGAAAAGCUCUCCCACCCCCUCUCUCUGACUGUGUUUGAGGAGAAAGUGUUUUGGACAGACAUGAGCAACAACGCUGUUUUUAGUGCCAACCGCCUGACAGGAAAGGACAUCACCAAGCUAGCAACUGACCUGGACCAGCCAGAGGACAUCAUACUGUACCACAACCUCAAGCAGCCAAUCGGUACAAACUGGUGCAGAGAGAGUAACAGUAUAAAUGGGGGUUGUGCAUUUCUGUGCCUCCCUGCCCCUCUGAUCAACCAACACUCUCCUAAAUUCACCUGCACCUGUCCUGACAACAUGACCAUGGGACCUGACAUGAGGAAAUGUGUGACACCAGCCUCAGUUGCCCCACCUACUGAAACUGGUACACCACUCCCGCCCAAAACUCCCACCGAGCCUACUACACCCAGGCAGCCUGUCCCUACCACUACAACAGCUGCAACUACAACUACCACCAGAGCUACCAAUAAACCAACAACUAUCGCGUCUAGCCAACUGACACAGAGCACACAGCAGCCUGCCGCCACUGCUCAAGGUAACAGAUUGGCAGCCCUGCCCGAAGAAGCCCCUUCAUCCCACCCUGUCGCUCUCUACAUCGUGUUGCCAAUAUUGGUCAUGUCCCUGCUGGUCUUUGGAGCAGUGCUGCUAUGGAGACACUGGCGUCUGAAGAACACCAACACCAUCCACUUUGACAAUCCUGUGUACCAGAAAACCACCGAGGAUGAGCUCCACAUCUACAGGAACAGCUCUGACGGCUACGUUUAUCCUCAGAGGCAAAUGCUGAGCAUGGAGGACAUGGACGUUGCAUGACCCAAAGAUGAAGAAGACACUAGCUUUAUUUGAAGUGAUUUUUUUGUUUUUAUGCAAACGUGAAGUAACAAAGGCCUUUUUUUUCUACUGCUGCUGCUUAACAGGCCCUUCCCUCCCCCCGGUGAGCUCAUUUUGUGGCUUAUGUUUCUGACCUCAGCACUGUGCCGUCCAAGUUUGAAGAAAGAAGUGAAAUUUAUUUAUUAAAUUUUUUUUUUUAUACUUUAGUAUGACAAAAUAGAGCAAACUACAGGAAGCCAUUUAGUCAGACAAAAUAGUUUCAAAAUAAAGGACUAAUGCACAGUUUCAGAUGAUGAUGUUAAUCCCAGAGCCCUGACUCUUUUGAAGCUAUCUGAAAAUUGUCUAUCUAAGCAUCCUGUUAUUUAACAUGUAUAGAUGUUUGCUUACUUUGCCACCAAUACAUGGCCUCAGUAUGUUGAUUACCUAAAUACACAUAACACAAGUCACAAGUUCUGUAACUUUAACUUGGAAAGCCUGACCUAUAUUGUCUUAAGACUCAUGUGUGCCUUCCAUACACACUCUGGAUAUUUAGUAAAGUUUACUGGAUGUACAUAAAUGCCUUACUGACCCCACUACCUUCCAAAGCAGUUUCUGUGGUAGUUAAUGCCAUAGUGCUUUAGCCCCAGGCAGUGAUGGCCUUCAUAAUUAUACUACGACCUUCUCUUCUCCUGGGUACAGAGUUGCAGGUUUUGUUGGCUUCCAUAUCAGAGGCAUUUGCCUUUACUAUCAUUCGUGUUAAGUCACAUUUAAAUCAGAACUCUUAUGUUAUUUUUAUUUUCCUUUUUUGACCCAUAUUCAAAGAUGGUAUCUGACUGUGGAGAGUCACAGAUGGUUUACAUUGUAAAAAGCUGCUGAGUUUUUUGAAGUCAACCAAAAUGAAGAAAUGUUUUUUUUUUUUUUAAAUGAAGAUAGUUAAUUAAAAGUUAUUGUAGGUGAUUACUUAUUAUACCAAUGUAAAUAGUUUCUGUAAGUAUUUUGGAAAAAUCUCUUUAAGUUCACUUUGGUGUUGCCUUUUUACAUUUGUAAAUUUUAAUCAAGAAAUAUUGUAAAUAUGUAAGAGAUUCUUUUAUUUAUUUAUGGAAAUAUAUGCGAGAAGGUUUUUGAUUGUUGUCAUCUGGCUGUAAAUACAGUAAUAAUAUAAAUAGCACCUACCAGGGUGAAUUGUUUUGGUUUCAGCAAAGCCAGUCUAACCUUUCCAUUGUACACCUGUUGUUUAACUUAUGUUCAAUCAAACACCUGCUCAGUUUUGUGUGUGCAACACCCUGUAUGAGACACUGCUACAGAGUAGUCCUUGUCAUUUACAUGUUACAGAGAAAUGCUGAAGGAGCUCUCUUUGUUCCUUACACCAUUGUUUGUUUCUUUUUCAGUGACAAAUCACGUAAUUUAUUUUGCUUCUGCCUUUCUGUUACUAUGACUUUUUGUUUUCACUGUGAGAUUAAAGCACACACUGUAAUGUGCAAAGCACGAUGUUCUCCGUCACAGCAAAAUGUAUGUAUGAACAAGGAUUGAUGCACAACAGCUUGCAUAUUAAUGUACAUUGCUUUUUUUUAAGUUUUGGUUGUAUUGGUCUUUUUUAAAUAAAAGAAAAAAACACUUUAA